AUGCCAUCUACUGACGGGAUUAUGAGCCAGGAGCAAUGGAAGGCAACCUUUGACCUUCGAGAUCUUUUUGUGGCUGCGCUACGCAGGAACGUCCCUGCCGAUGCCGAUGCUCUUGAGAAGGAAUACAGUCGUGCCUGGACCGAUUUUCUCUCAACCCAAGUACCCAUCUCGGAAACGCAGGCUGCGUUCAACCAGCUCGUCGACCUCGCCGACGAAGAAAAGGUCCGAGAUGCAUAUGCAGGAUUCCUGGAUGCCCCUCUCGCGUCCGCUGAAGACGAGGAUGCAGCCAUAGCGACCCUUUGCCGCGUUUCUGGCAGCUUGGGCGUGAUGCCUAUGACAAGGGAGGUUAUUUGUUUUAAGGAUGAAGAGAAGAAAGUUUGGUUCCUGGUGGCCAAACUGCUGCAGCGGGAAGAGAACAAAACCGAUACUGUUCGCAAACAGGUCGUAGAUCUUGUGCAAUCUGAACCGAAGUUGCCCGAGAUGGUAACAAAGUACUACAAGUUGAUGGACAUGUCUGAGGAGAAUGUGGAGGCCAUGAAAUCGCGAGGAGAGACUUUUUUCUUGGACAUUUAG